AUGGCACAGAUUGUUUUCGACUCUACUGAGGUUCCACUCGCUCGGUUUCAGAUCGAUGACAAUCCUGAUAUACAAUGGCAAGUGAACCAGCUAGGCCAGGACCACAGUGAUUUCCCCCUUGUUCACUGCCUGGUUACUGGAACAGCGCCAACAACUCGAAACGUGAUCAUACGCCUGUCCCGAGCGCAACACGAUCGAAUGUGCUUGCCUAGGAUAAUUCACGAUCUGUUGAGUGCCUACCUGGGCAAAGUGUUGACACAGCCAACGGGCUUCGCAACAUUUUUGGCAGAGUCUGAUAGCCGUGUUCAGGAAUCUCAAUCCUUCUGGAAGCAUCUACUGACAGGGUCGACCAUGACCCUUCUCGGAAAUGACAUGCAGGCGACUGGUAGCUUCUCGCAAAUCCAAGCUCGUCGGGUUGUGCCUUGUCCCAAGCUGCCGGAGGGUGCCACAAUGGCAACUGUUGUUAAAGCAGCGUGGUCGCUUGUGCUGUCUCAAUUCACGAGACAGACAGAUGUUGUAUUCGGACAAAUCGUCAAUGGACGGUCUAGCCUAGAUAUCGCUGAUCCCCAGCAUAUUGUUGGGCCUUGUGUCAAUAUCAGCCCCGUGCGCGUCGACAAGAUAACUCACUCUUCAUUCACGGAUCUCUUGAACAAAAUCCAACAACAGCACAUCCAAGCCCUUCCGCAUGAGACACUAGGGCUCGAUGAUAUCUGUAGGGCCGAUGGAUGGAGCCACGAUACAACAUUUGGUUCCGUGGUUGAUCAUGUUGACUCGCGGGACUUGUUGGAGGUGAGAGUCGACGAGCUCGCAUGCAAGGCCACUCGCUAUUCGCCCGAACAGCCCGAGCAUUCGGCGACUCGAGUGUGGGUGGUGUCGGAGCGGAAUGUCAAAGACCUUUCCCUGACGAUUGAAAGCACGGAAGAAUUCUUAUCAAUGGACCAAGCCAGGCAGUUUGGGGAGCAUAUGGGAAAUCUCCUAUCUCUCGCCCUGGCCCGGCCCAGUCCACCAACCUUAGAUUCGGACCUCGUGGCUCUUGCAUCGGUGAAACCUCAACUAGACUGCCUCGCUUAA